AUGGACCCUAAGCUUUCUAAACCUAAUGACAAUGCUGUUGAAGAAAUUGAGAUCAAACAGGAAUCACUAGAAAAACAACCUAUUGAAGCUAAUAGUGAAAGAGAAACGAGUUAUGAAGUAAAUAGUGAAAGAGAAACAACUAUUGAAGCUAAUAGUGAAAGAGAAACGAGUUAUGAAGUUAAUAGCGAAAGAGAAACAACUAUUGAAGCUAAUAGUGAAAUAGAAACGAGUUAUGAAGUUAAUAGCGAAAGAGAAACAACUGUUGAAGCUAAUAGUGAAAUAGAAACGAGUAAUGAAGUUAAUAGCGAAAGAGAAACAACUGUUGAAGCUAAGAGGAAAAGAGAAACUACUACUAAAGCUCAUAGGAAAAGAAAGGCGGCUAACAAAUCUAAGAGUACAAGAAAAACUGCUAAGAAGCCUAAUGUUUCACCUGAACGGGAUAAAUUGUACUGUGACGAAUGUGUAUCCAGACAGAAGAGAUGCUUCGAAGACCAGGUUAAAACAUCAAUUGCGAAAAAGAAAGUUUUCUGGACUGACUUUAAAAGAUCCAAUGACUUCGAGAGAGGCCUAUUAAGUAGAGGAUGGGUGAAGAAAAUUGCCCCCACCUUCAAAUUGAAACUCCAUCUUCUGAAAGAGGAUCAGAUAACCAAUCACUUUUGCAGAGUGCACGCCACAAGCAAGAGUGGUCUGUGCAAAGUAUUAAGGCAAUGGUGUUUGUCGUGUGAUGCGAAUCCACACACUUUCUUCCCUCGUUGCUACAUGUUUAGUAAGAUAAAUGAAAAACAAGCAUUCAUUGAUGACUUUACCAUGACUGCGGCUUGUGGUAUCCUAAAAUGGGUUUUGAGAACCAAUGGGAAGUCUUUGCAAGAUGAAGUUAUUCCCAGCCGGAAACAAAAGGAAGAAAAAACGGCUAUUUGCAUGUCAGAUGCUAAAAUAAACAAUCAUGGCCCUGCAAGAAUUGUUCCAGAAGAUAUUAUAGUAACAGCCCUUGUGGCUUGCCAGUUUCAUCUGUACGACUUGACACAUGAGGAUGAAGACGACAUAAUAUGUGCCGGGAUAGUUGAUAGAAAACAUUUCAUAAGUGACUACUAUCAGGUUAUGCAUCUUGGUGCGCACAUACAGAAUUCAGACAAGUAUGUUGAUUACUGCCACCAAUUGUUAUGUAAGCUGAGAAGAGUGAACCCACAACUAGAUAUAGAUGGAGAAAAAAACAUCUGGAUUUCAAAACCAAGAAAUUUAUCUAGAGGAAGAGGGAUACGUUGCAGAAAUGAUCUGAAAGACAUAUGUUCCUUGGGAAGGGAAUGGGUGGUUGAAAAGUACAUAGAGAGGCCACUUCUUGUAUAUGGAACCAAAUUUGAUCUCCGUCAGCAUUUCCUCAUAACGGACUGGUACCCCUUAACUAUCUGGUUCUAUAAGCACAGUUUCCUCCGAUUCUCAUCUCAGCCCUUCACGCUGGAGAGUUUAGAUACCGCCACCCAUGUAUGUAAUUACGCCAUACAGAAAAAAUUAAAGAAUGCACCAAAUCGUCACCCCAACCUGCCUGAAGAAAACAUGUGGCACAGUGACGAAUUCAAAGAGUAUCUUUGUACAAUCGGAAAAGAGCAAGUCUGGGAUUCAAUCAUUAUACCAGGGAUGAAGAAAGCCCUCAUUCAUACAAUGAAGGCCACUCGGGAAAAUGUGAAGUACAGGAAAAACAGUUUUGACCUUUUUGGUUCAGAUUUUCUGUUUGGAGAAAACUUCCAGCCCUGGCUACUUGAGAUACAAUACAAACCUGGCAUAACCAAAGACACGUCAGUAAUGUGGAAAAUUGUUCCACCAAUGGUAGAGGACAUGCUACGUGUGGUGAUUGAUUACAAGGAUGACCCUAACUGUAAUGUGGGAGGAUUUGAACUUAUAUAUAAACAGGCAAAUUAUACUGGAAAUGUGUCACGGUCAGCACCCAACACCAGAACAGAUGCCAGGCACCCUGGUCUCGGCUCGUACUUCACCAGUUAAGUGACCGCCUUUGGCCUCGGGA